AUGGCCUCCACCGCCAAACGCCUAGGAAAACGUGCUGUAGACUAUCCUGACGAGACCGCUCCUAUUGUUUCCGUUAAGGACUAUGUUCAAAGUUUGUCACGAAACCCCAAGCGUGAAGCCAUAAAUUAUGUCAUAAGUAUAUUUCCUAUCUUCGGAUGGAUCACUAGAUACAAUCUUGGAUGGCUGACCGGAGACCUUAUUGCUGGCUUCACUGUCGGAAUGGUUCUGGUUCCACAAAGCAUGUCAUAUGCACAGAUCGCCACUCUCCCUCCUCAAUAUGGUUUAUACUCAUCUUUUGUUGGUGUCCUUGUUUACUGUUUCUUCGCCACCUCCAAGGAUGUAUCCAUCGGUCCUGUCGCAGUCAUGUCACUGACGGUUUCUCAAAUUAUUGCACACGUCAAUGCAAGUCAUCCCAAUGAAUGGGAGGGGCCUCAGAUAGCAACAACAGUGGCUUUCAUAUGUGGUUUCAUUGUGCUAGCCAUUGGCUUGUUGCGUAUUGGCUGGAUUGUGGAAUUUAUACCCGCUCCCGCUGUCAGUGGUUUCAUGACCGGCUCUGCUAUCAACAUCGUUGCUGGUCAAGUCCCAGGCCUCAUGGGGAUAAGUGGCUUUGACACAAGGGCGGCGACCUUUGAGGUCAUCAUAAACACGCUGAAAGGACUUCCAAGGACAACACUGGACGCCGCGUGGGGUUUAACUGGACUCUUUGCCCUCUAUUUUAUUCGUUAUAUAUGUGAUUAUUUGGCCAAGCGGUACCCACGAAGAGCCCGGGUAUUUUUUUUUGUGUCUGUUGCUCGGAACGCUUUUGUGGUUAUUGUCCUUACGAUCGCAGCAUGGCUUUAUACGCGUCACAGAAAAAGCGCUUCUGGGAAAUAUCCCAUCAAAAUCCUUGAAACCGUACCACGAGGAUUCCAGAACGUCGGUCCCCCAGUGAUUGAUAUCAACCUGGUAAAGGCUCUUGGCUCAGAACUCCCUGUAGCAACGAUCAUCCUUUUACUCGAGCAUAUCGCCAUAGCCAAAUCAUUCGGGCGUGUUAAUGGUUACAAGAUCAAUCCGAACCAGGAGUUGAUCGCCAUAGGAGUCACCAAUACAGUCGGUAGUGUUUUCAACGCAUAUCCUGCCACUGGUUCAUUCUCUCGUUCGGCCCUCAAGUCAAAAUCGGGAGUGCGCACACCAGCUGCUGGCAUUAUCACAGCCAUCGUCGUCAUCGUGGCUCUCUACGGUUUGACUCCAGCCUUCUACUGGAUACCUAAUGCUGGUCUAUCUGCUGUUAUUAUUCAUGCUGUUGCCGACCUGGUUGCAUCUCUCCCCCAAGCAUUUUCAUUCUGGCGUGUUUCUCCCCUUGAGUUUAUCAUCUGGCUUGCGGCUGUCCUCGUUACAGUGUUUUCUACCAUCGAGGAUGGUAUUUACACUUCCAUCGCUGCUUCAUUUGCUCUCCUUCUGAUUCGGAUAGCAAGGCCUCGAGGUUCCUUUUUGGGGAAAGUAACACUGCAGGUUGAUCCACAGCAACCGAAAUCGGAUACACGAGAAGUGUAUGUCCCUUUGGAUCGCGGUGGAGUUAUCAAUCCACACAUCAAAGUAGACCCUCCUUUGCCUGGAGUCAUGGUCUAUCGUUUUGAAGAGAGCUACCUUUACCCGAAUUGCUCUCUCAUCAACUCCGCUAUCGUGGACUACGUGAAGGAGAACAUGAGGCGCGGUAUAGACCUCAGCAAUAUCAAGCUCAGUGACAGAGCAUGGAAUGAUGCAGGGCCAGCCAAAGGUGGAGCUGCUGCUGAACAGCUAGAAAACAGUCAAAGACCAGUCUUGCACGCAAUCGUCUUGGACUUCUCCGGAGUUUCGCACAUAGAUACCACAGCUAUUCAGGCUCUCAUAGACACGCGAAAUGAAGUUCAAAGAUGGGCGAACCACCCUGUAGAGUUCCACUUUGCUACUAUUCUUUCACCAUGGAUCCGUCGGGCCCUAAUAGCGGGCGGAUUCGGUAUUGGUGUUUCUGCAUCUGAUGCACCGAUCGAAAUAGCCCCUGUUGUUCCAUAUCGAGGAGGACGGAGUGGGGACUGGCAGGGAGAUGUUACGACUACCAGCUCUCAGGCAGAAGAUGUCGAGGCACAUGGCGUCAAAAGCAUCUCAAAUACCGCUUCGUUUCCGAUCACCGUUGUAGAUACAAACUCUACCGAAGGGGCACCGCUACUCCCUGUAGAGACUCCUUUCUUUCAUUUCGACCUUACGACGGCGGUCCGCGCUGCAGAAAGCGGGGCAGGGAAGGCAGUUUCGCGCCCAGAAUCACCUUACGAUGCGACUAAAAGCUAG